AUGAGCGGCGACCAGGACGCAGCGGCCCUCGCGACGCCCACAACAGUCGCCGAACCCGCGACAAAGACACUGGAGGAGAAAGGGGACACUGCGUUUGACAAGGAGGUGCUGUUGCCUGAAGGACCUGAGGCGAAGAAGAAGCCCGUACUGAAGCGCGAAGCCAGCAGUGAGAAGGUGGCCACCGUCGAGCCGAGUGCGCGGGCUGUAGAGAGCCCUAGCCUGUCAGUAGAAACGGCCGCACCAGCUAUAACUGUCGAGGAAGAGGACACAGAGUCGGAGCCGGAGCAGCAGCCAAAGAAGCGCGUGAAAACGAGUAAAAGGGGACCGAAGACUGGUGGUCGUCGGAAGAAGACGCCACUGUCGGACGUGUCGGACGACGACGACGACGAUGAAGAGCAAAAGGAGGUGGAGCGAAAAGUGGGUGCGCUGAGUGACGAGAUCAAGGGCAGGUUUGGGCAGAUUGCCUGGGCCAAAAUGGGUGGCUACCCGUAUUGGCCUUGUAUUAUCACGGACCCAAGACUGCUUUCAGUGAAGCUACAGGAGACCGCGGUGAAAGCACUGGAGACCAAGUACCUCGUCUUUUUCUACGUGUCGAAGAACUUUGCGCCUGUUUCGUUCAAGUGGAUUGAAGCGUGGGAUGAUACCAAGUUCAAGUACCGAGAAGGGUACCCGGAGAAAGACUCGAAGGCACCCAAGCGACGAGAGAAAUUAAUGGCGGCCAUUGCAGCAGCAGAUAAAGAGACGAAACUGCCGAUCGAAGAUCGAGCGAAUGGGCUAAUGAGACCCGUAGAAAGAGAGAAGCUGGUCGUGACGCCUACGCCGGUCAAACGAAAGCCUGGCCGACCACCUAAGAACAAGACAGCAAUCAAGACUACGCCAAAACAAACACAAAAGAAGCGACAACAGAAGGAUGAUCCAGCAAACGGAAGUGAUGCGAAAAAAGCUUCUGCGAAUAUGGCAGAAGAGGAAGAAGAUGCAGCAGGUCCAGCACUUAGCAAGGAAGAGAUUAAGGCGAAGGUGGCCAGUCGUAAAAUGCCAAAGAUGAAAGAAGCUGAUGGCGCCGCCAGUGGUACUAGGGUAUCUGCCAAGAAGACAGUCAAGACUCCUGCCAAGUACGGAAAGUCGAAUGGCUUUGCUGAAAUCGAUAGUAAGCGGAAGAAGGAAAUUGAGCUUGUGGUCCCCCAUAAGUCCGUAAGAUCAGCCGACAUUCGCGAGAUAAGCGAGGAAGCUGCGAAAAAGAAACCGGGCACUCUGAAGAGCAAGACAAAGCCCGACAAACGCAAGUACAAGGUGGGCGACCUUGGCGUGUUCGCGAGCAAGAUGGCACGGCUACAGGCAAAGGAGUCGGCGCGGAAUAAUGAUGAGCUGGUCGGUAUGAUGCAAGAGCUAUUCAAGGAAACGCUUAUGUAUCGCUCAGACGUGGAGCGAUCGGGUUUAGCUGCUAUAAUUGCGAUAUUGCGCAAGAGCUUGAGCCCCACUGUGGGGCAUACGGCAAGUGCGCUGAGGAAGCAUAUGAUCAACAUCCUGAGCAACAAUACCGACAGCACAACUGUCCUCGGCAAGAGACCUCACGAUGCUACUGAGCAAGGCACGAAGAAGCGAAAGGCUGAAAACGGUAGUCGUGUGAAGGUAGAGGAGCAGCAGCAAAAGCCUGUGGUUGGGUCUUCUCUUUCCACUACAGCGGACGUGGGUGCCCAAGGACCUUCAACAUCGACAAAUGUAAAUAAAGUAGAAGGGACGUUGCCGAAAGGGGAUGCAGUGAAGACGGAGGAAAAAGCGUCUAUCCGGCCCGUUGAAGGUGCUGCUGCGAAGAAUGCACAGUUGGGGGACAUGUCGGAGGGCGCUGAGGAAACUGUUGGAGAUGAUGGCGUAUCAUCUGUGGACAAGCAGAUGACUUCUCCGUCGACGAUGGCAGAUAAACAUGCAGAUAGUGCAGCGAAAGACAACGAAGACAUGUUUGAAGCACCAGAACACACAGACAAGAAUAGGUUGAUCUUCGUGGAAAUGCUGAGCAAAAUCCUCGAUCACGACGGGUCGAGGCGCGCGGACUUGGCGAACGAAAUCGAGGCAGCACUGUUUGAGCGAUUUAAGGAGAGCAACGACGAUUAUUUGACUCAAGCGCGUAUCAUCAUAUUUGGCUUAAAGGAGAAUGCCGCCAUGCGAGACCGGCUCUUCUCGGGAGCUUUGCACUGUUUGGAGUUUGCAUACGCUGACGACGCGUUUUUUUGUAAAACGAUCGAGUGA